CGGGGUUGGUGGGGCCGCUUUCGCAUAUAGCGGGCCAUCCGGUAGCUCUGUGGAAGCUUCCCCUCCCGCACUGGAUCUACCUAUUGAGGUCUCGUCGUUUGCAUUCCGUCUCGGUACACGACAUUGAGAAAUAGUAUCAGGGUUCUUACACUACAGUACACAAUGGAGCAGCAAGUGACGAGGCUCGUUGAAAAGGCUUGGGACAAGUUCCAAAAGACGCCGGCCGACCAGCGCCUCAUGAUCGGAAUAGCCGGGAUCCCAGGCUCAGGCAAGACAACCCUCUCACAGCUAUUGACAACCCGCCUCAACGCCCGCGCCGCGACCCUUGACCAUUCCAACCCCUCCCGGGCAACGCACCCCCCGGCGGUCUUUGUCCCCAUGGACGGCUACCAUCUGACCCGGGCCCAGCUCUCCAGCAUGCCCGAUCCGGUGAACGCCCAUGCCCGCCGCGGUGCAGUCUUCACCUUCGAUGGGGACUCCUUCCACAAGCUCGUCAUCACCCUGCGCGAGCCUCUGCGCGCCGACACCGCUCCGAUAUACGCACCGAGCUUCGACCACGCCAUCAAGGAUCCCAAGCCCGACGACAUCGUCAUACAGCCCUACCACCGCAUCGUAGUCUUCGAGGGCAACUACCUCGCUCUCGAUAGGUCUCCAUGGAACUAUGCCGCUAAACUCAUGGACGAGCUGUGGUUUGUAGACGUCGACUUCGACGUGGCGAGGAAACGUUUGAUUGGCAGACAUGUCAUGGCCGGUAUUGCCAAGGAUGAGGUGGAGGCUGACAGAAGGGCAAGGGAGAACGAUCUAGUCAACGGGAAGGAGAUUGUCGACUUACGUUUAGACGUUGAUGAGGUGAUUAUCAGUCGGGAAGAUGACAAGUGGAUUCACGAAUAGGCUGCAGGCAACAGCAUCUGCAGCAUGUAUUCCUAUGAAAUGGGACCUAGUCGCUCUGCUGACAGAACUGGGGAGUCUCAAUUAUCCUCUGUCUUGUGAUUACGAGGCUGGUUUAGUAUUCCCUGACGUGCCACACGCUAAAAGGCCCUUUCCUAUGGAUAACCGCCCAUUCGCUAUUCUUAGGUAUAUCCUUUCCCUAAUGACCAGCUUCACGAAUACUAUCACUCCUGCUAUUAGGAUCUAGAUAUGAAGUGUCUAGACCUGUGUUCUUCUCGUUGCCCUCAAAUCACUUUGAAGGUGCCCCAGUGAAACUACCCGCAUGCUU